AUGUGCUUAAGCCAAAACCCACUGGUAUAUUCCGUCUUCGUGCAGCCGGAUCAACCGCUCCUUCCAGUUGGGCUAGGUGGUGGUCUCGACGGACACACAUACCCGGUGAAGGUCAGCGGAACGAGGUUCGAUAGACGGUCCCUUGCGGCCGAUGAAGACACAAUGUCAGGUCUCUGGGCCCAAGCGCUGAACGUUUACAAGCAAGACACUGGCAUCGACUUCGACCUUUCGGCUUCCGAAGAGCUCCUCAUAUCGAAGGGCGCGAUUUUCGACUUCAUCGACAGGAAGCAGCGCGAUUUCCAGAACAUACGUCGGCGAUCCAGUGCGCAGCAUGUUCGCGGGAAACUCUUGAAGGUCGCCAAUAUCGUGGAAAGCCUAUCUGAUACGGUUGGCGAUGUGGUAGCAUCGGGGGCGAUCGAGGUGCACGAACAAUACGAAGCAGCAGGAUUUGCGUUUGAGACUAUCGAAUAUAAUUUGCGUGUCAUUGGUAUCGUCGCGGACUGCGACAUGACUCCUGAAAUUCGCGAGGCCUCCGUCGGGUUGCUUUCUCAUGUGAUGGUAGUCCUUGGCCGCAUCACACAGCUGCAGAAAAGCGGUCACAUCGUGGAAUGGCUGAAGACUUUUGGCCAGUCAAAUUCGGACGUAUCCUCGGCGUUGAGCAACUUGGCGAAGGUCGCAACGAGCCACAAUCAUAUUGUGUCUGCACUGACGCUCAAGACGGCGACGCGGAUGAUGACUGUGCUCGCGGAGAGUAUUACCGGUACGAGACACGCACAACUGGAUACGCAGGAUGUAUUGGCAGGAAUAGAAGAUAUUGUGCGGAAAGUCACAAUGAACACGCUACUGGAACGGCGUGCUGCAUACACGUGCUUAUGGUUUCUCCAUGGAGACAUGUUCAUGGCAAUGAAAGGAGGUACAAAGAAGGCCCUUCUUCUGCACGGGAAAGUCCCCCACCACAGCUCAGCUGCGAUCCAAGAACUACGCCAAAACCGCACUUCGCUCGAUACAGUUGAGCGUCUGGUGCUUUCUCACUUUUUCAAGCCCAAGAGCGGCGGGCAGGCUCUGAGCUUGCGCGCUCUUCUUUCGUCACUCGCGUGUCAGCUCAUGCUGAGCCAUGACGCGUGCUCAAGCAGACUUAGAAAGCUAUGGACGAAAAACGCGUGCGGAGUCUCUCAGGCCCCGAUGGCAGAGAUCAGGAGCACGCUCAAAGAGAUGCUAGACCUCGCGAGCGACAAGCGCAUCGUAGUAGUCGUCGAUGCGUUAGAGGAAACGUUGUCUGGGGACGAGGACCACAUCGUGGACUACCUGAAGGAGCUGCAUAAGCGGGACAACGUCGCCUUGCUGAUCUCUUGCAGAACCGCGGCGCGCCCUUGUGACGAGCUGGCGGCCUUCUGCGAUGCACGAGUCGCCAUGGAUCAAGAUGUCGUGAACGAGGACAUCACGACCCUAGUAGACAGCCUUCUCAGGCCAGGCGGAAAGCUCGCUCGUAUCUCGCAUCACACUGACAUUCGCGAGGUUCUAUGCUGCAGAGCUGAUGGAAGCUUCCGCUGGAUAACGUCCCUCGCUCAAAGUCUCGCCGGACUGACCGUGCCGACGAGUCGCUACGUGCAGAGUCACCUCAAUAACGUCCCGGACGCGCUCGUUUCUCUUUACCAGAAGGGCCUCAACUCCAUCAUACCGGCAUUUCGAGAAGAUGUCGUUCGUCUACUUAAAUGGGUUAUACACACCGCAGAGCCGCUGUCUCCGGCUGAGCUUCAGCAACUCCUUCUCUUCCGUUAUGCGAACGACUCGGACAUGCCGGUGUACGAUUCGUCUGAGGCUUUGGGCCAGGAUGCGGCGGUGAUCUCCCUCGUCGGUUCGACAUUUCUGUUCGUCUGCGAUGGUGUCGUACGCCUGGCGCACUCUUCGGUCAAAGACUACCUUGUCUCCCUUCCCGUAGAGUCGCCGUUCCGCGUGGAUGAGCAGCCUGAGUUCCCACUGAUGGCUCGCACCGGCUUUGCGUACAUCAGCAGCGAACCUGUCGGCGAAUGCCCCGAUCUCGGCACACAACGCCCUCACCAUCUCACAUGGACGUGGGUCGUCUAUAUGUCGAGAGCAGACGAGCGACAAUAUCCUGCACUCGAGGGCGACUUCCUCCGCAGGAGUGUAAUCAGCGUGCAGACAUUCGUCGAAGGUCCCAGUUCGCCCACUGUACUGGUCAGUCUCAUGUCGGGAGCGGGCGUACGCGUUAUCCCGUGA